GGGUUGGAAUGGGCAUGACUGCUCCUGUUCCUGCUGAAGAUGGCUCCUUACAGCAGAAUGUGAAGGUCUCUCUGCGAAUCCCAAGCCAGUUUCAAGCCAACCCUCCUUUUCCUAGCGAUGAGAGCAUUAAGAUUGAAGAGAGACAGGAGAUGACCAUUUAUUCCACGCAGUUUGGUGGCUAUGCCAAAGAGGUGGAUUAUGUGGACUAUGCUGCCAAGCUGAAGUCUGCUCUGGGAAGUGAAGCUGCAUACCGCAAGGAUUUCUACUUCUGCAAUGGUUAUGACCCCCCCAUGAAGCCUUAUGGGCGACGCAAUGAAGUCUGGUUUGUUAAAGAGUGA